AUGACGUAAAAAGGGGACUUUAACUCGCGGAAGUAGCAAAAAAUGGGGAAGGAAACUCAACAAAACGGCUUCGGGAUGAAACCUCACUCAGUUUACGACUAUCCGGAGCACCUGAAUCCGUUUUAUCAGGAUGAAAAUCACAAAAGAUUGCGUUUUUGGACGCUCAAGAAGGGCAAAGACGGCGGAAAGGGGAACAGCUUCAGCAUGAGUAACUUGAGGGAUUUGUGGGCAUUCAAGACGUUCUCGCUGAAGAAGAAGUCAUCGACACUGGGCAUCAACAAGACAUCCGAGUCGCCGCCUCCGCUCCGGAAGUACGGCAACGAGCGCCUGUACGACUCGAACUACAAUACCUACGAUUCGCGGUAUCGCCAAACGAUUGGAGGGGGCGGCGGCAGUACAACAGACGUUGCAUUUGAGCGAAACGCGCCUUAUAGGGCGACAGUGACGGGUACCAUGAAUCCGCCGUCAGCGAAAAAUUACGACACCCAAAGUGAUAUUGUCUUCAAUCGGCAUGAAUCCUACCGUCAUACCAUCCAAAAUGUUCAGAAAUCGAGAAAUAAUCCGUCGUCGGUGACGCCAGUGCUGAAUCAACGUCGCAUGCAGUCAUCCGUGUCGCAGAGCAGUUUGAGAAGUACGAAUCCGUUCGAUGAUGACUAUGAAAACAAUGAAAAUACGUCGCCAAAUCAGCAAGACACGAUUGUGGAAAAUGGCGGAGUGCUCAAAGGGAGUGCGAGACGUCCGUAUAAGAAGAAACGAAGAGCGCCGCCCCCGCCGAUUGUGCAGCAAUAUGUGCCUGUCCUGCCGCAAGAAUCUGGUGCAUCCAAUAACCUAAAAAUCGACGAGGUUGAAUUAAAAAUCGUGGAAGAAGAGACCCCAAGUCGGCAGGAAACGCCCGCCCGAGAUGAUGAUCUUGCGACAAUUCGAAUGAUCACGGCUGAGAUCGAAACUCUGUACAAAGACUUGGAACGAGAGGAAGAAAAAUUGAAAAUUUCUGAAGAAACUGCAGCUCAAACGGUCGUCAAAGAACCCGAAAUUGUGGAAAAAGUCGAGAAAAAAGUCGAAACUGAAAAAAUUGUCGUUCACGAGGAAAAAAUCGAAGAACCAGUGGUCAUCGUUGAUCGAGUGGAAGUCAUUCACAUGCAACGUGCCGAACAACCAACUAUCGAAACGCGUGCGGAAACGCCAAAACCUGAACAAGAACCUGCCGAGGAAGUUGAAAUAACGCAAGAAACUGUUACCCAAACAAAUGCCAUCGAAAUGCGAGUUCACGAGGAAAAGGAAGAAGUUGUCGUUGAGCCGCACGUGACUUUUAACGAAGUUAAUGACGUUCAUAUCAUCCGAGAACCGUCGGUAGUGUCGUCAGUGACCACAAAUCAGUCUCCGGAACCAUCUCCGGACCGCGAACCCGAACAACAGCAAGAAAUCCUCCAACUUCACACAAAAUCUUAUCGCAUCGACGAACCUCUGAUGAUCGUCGAGCCUCCCACGAGACGCGAUUUGGAUGAACCCGUGCCAUCUACGUUCCCCCGACGCAGCGAAGGGUCCGUAACCGCCUUCGAAAUCAAAUAUAAACAACUAAAAGACGGCCCGGACUCGCGUUUCAUGCUGCAACGUCGUCGAUCGCUCAAGGAAAAGGAACGCAAGGAGUUUAUGCAGCGCGCCCUCAACCUCGAUCGGUCCCAAUCGGUCGACAUUCGACGAAAUCUCGACGAGGAAUUCGAAAUUUACAAUCAUUAUCACAACGGACACGCAAACGGCGACAAACGACGUUCCGUCAAAGAGAUAAUCGAGUCAAUUAAUCGCAAUCAGAGCUUGUUGCAAGCCACAAACUACACGCCGCUCAACGGAAAAUACGAUUACAACAAUGUGGCAGCGUCUGUGACGCCAAAUAACACGCAGAAACCAGUUAUUCCGCCAAAACCGGCAGCAACAACGACCAAAAUUGACGAAGAAAUUGUCGAAUUGAGAAAUCCCGCGUCGCAAAAUGGACGAGGAUCGUAUUACGACAACGUCCCGGAAAUUUUGGAACAAUUACAAGAGCAAGCCGCCACGUUUCAAAAGUGUAAAACGCCGCCACGGAAGGAUUUUGACUGGAAUCCGGUCCCAAAACCACGUAGAAGUCGAAAUUUCUCCGAAGAACGUGAAAUUCCGAGGAACGAGGGCUUGAAAGAGUACUAUUGAAGUAAUUUUUUUUAGCAACGAAAGCCUAGUCUACCCGAUUAUUAAAAAAAAUCACCAAAUAUUAACUUUCUGUGCUUCAUAGGACGCUAACAACUUAGAUCAGUAAGACUUUAAGGGUGCAACUUCAUGUUUAAGUGAAAAAUAUUUAAUGCCUAUUUAUUGGUUUACUUAAAAAAAAAAAAAAUAAAACAAUCAAUUUAAUUAAAAUAAC